AUGUUCUAUAUCACACAUCUUUUGUUUUUCAUUUCUUUCAGUUGUGGGUGCCUCUACGGGUGUCAGUCCUGUCCAAACGAUACAUGCGAACGGUGUGAAAGUGGGUUUGAAUUAGUCAGCACACUUUGUAUUGACAGUCAAACAUUGGAAGACCCUAACGACGGGACUUCGUGUAACUCUGGCGUCUGCAUUUUCGACUACACGAAAACCACUAAAAGCUCUGUAGAGAUAGCAACUGAUAUCACUUCGUUGAUGCUCCCCGAGACUAAGAUAACUAUUAAGCAGACGAGUGGACAAGUCCACAGCAUUAUCAGUGGGAAGAAUGUGUAUUUCGAUUCGGAUUUUGACUGUGAUAUUGUUGAUGUCACAACUGGCUAUUUCAACACGACGUCACACUUCGAUGCAAUCAAUGUGUCAUUGGAUACACUCGAAAUCGAUGGGAGUGUUAAUAUCAAGAGACUCAACGCCAGAGAAAUCGCCAUCAAACCUACAAAAAUCGAGACCCAAAAGAUAAAGGAAAUCUCUCUCAAACAACCCUUUGUGUUCACCACAUUAGUGACAGAUGACCAAUUCGAUGAAAUUUCUAAAAAUGGGAUUUACCUCUUUAAAGACACUAAGAUCAACAACCCAAGUAACUACUCACUUACCCUUCACCUCUAUAAAUUGUCAAAUGGAAAAACCACUCCAAGCGACUUUGCGUUCUACGACAAUUUGUGUGGGGGUGUUAUUGCUGCUUUCUUGCCAUCCCCUCCAAAAGACCCAUCAACUUCAUGUCCCGAUUAUAUCUUUGUCAAACCAACGACUUCAAUGUGGUGGAUUAGUGCAAGUGUUAUGGUGUUUUUAAUAUUUGUCGCUUUGUUUGGCGCGUCGCUUUAUAUUGCAAUCAAGUACUUCAAGAAGAAAAAAACUGAUGAAGACAAGAUGCCGUCUACGAAUUAA